GUUACCCACACAAAUAUUAUCUGCUUAUCUCUCUACCUGCUCUUUUCGAAUGUAGCAUCUCAGGCCUCAAUUCAAGAUCUAAAACUGGGCGAAGAUAGAUCUUGGAUGUAUGAAAGGCUUGCAAGGCGAGGAGUUUUAACUGAAGAUUUUAAGGAAGGGGUUACACAAUUCAUCCAAGUAGCGGUAAACUUAUAUCCUAAUGGUGUUAUUGCGUGUCCUUGUAGAAAGUGCAAGAACAGAAAAUGGUUAACAUGGAAUAUUGUUAGACAACAUCUAUUUGAAAAAGGAUUCGUGGAAGACUACUUUGUAUGGGAAGCCCAUGGGGAGACACAUGACUCAAAUGGUUUAGUUUAUUUGGAUCAAAGUAGUUCUCAUAAUAAUGCAUCUGCAGUGCAAUAUGAUCCAUACAAAUCGAUGUUAGAAGAUGCAAUAAGGAAUGAGUGUCCAACGGAUUUUCACCAUGGUACCAAUGUAGAUGGUGAUCCUAGUCCCAUGACAUCAAAGAUGUACAAAAUGUUGGAUACGAUGGGUCAACCGUGUUUUGAUGGAUGUCCAAUGACGCAGUUGAGUGCGAUGACAGAAAUGUUAAACAUAAAGACUGAGAUGAAUUUAUCAGAGGCUGCAACUGAUAGAAUUUCUCAAUUCGUGAAUCAUUUUUUUCCAACAAACAUCGCAAAUCGACCCAUUCCAAAUUUCAACAAAAUCAAAAGAGAACUCUCACUGCUAGGAAUGAGCCAUCAAUCCAUUGAUUGUUGUCCAAACGGCUGCAUGAUAUAUUGGAAAGCAGAUAAGGAGUUAAUACAGUGUAAAUUUUGUUGUACUGCAAGAUACAACAUUAGCGCGCAGACUAAUAAACGUGUUCCACUAGCAAAGAUGGAGUACUUUCCACUCACACCUAGACUGCAAAGACUUUAUGCUUCAAAUACUACAGCGGAGGAUAUGAGGUGGCAUAAGUUUCAUCACAGGGAGGAAGGGGUGAUGUGCCAUCCGUCAGAUGCGAAGGCAUGGGUUCAUGUUGACAAUCUCCACCCAGAUUUUGCUGAAGAACCGAGAAAUGUUAGACUGGGUCUAUGCACAGAUGGGUUCCAACCUUUCGGGCAAUUCGGACAAAAAUAUUCAUGUUGGCCUGUAAUUGUGACGCCAUACAAUUUGCCUCCGGGUAUGUGUAUGAAACAACAAUUUUUAUUUUUAACUAUAUUAAUUCCAGGGCCGAGGAAUCCAGCAAAGGGGAUUGAUGUUUACUUGCAACCAUUGAUUGAAGAGCUCAAGGAAUUGUGGGAGGUUGGAGCUAUAACAUAUGAUGCGGUUCUAAAGCAAAAUUUUAAUAUGCGAGCCAUUCUGCUAUGGACAAUUAGUGACCUUCCUGCAUAUGCCAUGUUAUCAGGAUGGAGCACAAAGGGAAAGUUUGCAUGCCCAUCAUGUACCGAGUUCACCGAAGCAUUUUGGCUACGUCAUAGCAAGAAGCAUUCUUGGUUUGAUAACCACAGGAAAUUUUUACCAUAUGACCAUCCAUUUCGGUUAGAUGAUCAUAGCUUUACUAAGGGUAAAUCUAUCUUGUAUGGCCCUCCAUUGCACAGAGAUGGUUCAUAUUGUUAUGAUGAGGUGAGUUCCCUAAUGUCUGUGACAGAAUUGGGAGGUAUAGAGUAUAAUGCAAUUGCUGGAAAGAAUAUCGGAUGGAAGAAGCGUAGUAUAUUUUGGGAUCUCCCGUACUGGAAGGAUUUGCUCAUACGUCACAAUCUUGAUGUGAUGCACAUUGAGAAGAAUUUCUUCGAAAAUAUCUUCUAUACAAUUUUGGGAGUACCUGGAAAGUCAAAGGAUCAUACACAGGGGAGGAUGGAUAUGGAACAAAUUUGUCAUAGGCCGAGUUUGGAGAGGGACAAUGAUGGUAAAUACCCUAAAGCUCCAUUUACCCUUUCAAAAGAACAAAGGGAUGUCUUGAUCAAAUGGAUUGAUUCAUUGAAGUUCCCAGAUGGUUUUGCAUCUCGACUGGGGCGGUGUGUGGAAAUGGAUAAGCUUAAGGUAUUUGGUAUGAAGAGUCACAAUUGUCAUGUCUUUAUGCAACGCCUACUUCCAGUUGCCUUUAGAGAGAUGUUGCCUGAUCGAAUUUGGGAGGCAAUUAUUGAGAUUAGCUUAUUCUUCCGUGAGUUAACAAGAAAGACAAUAUCAGUUCCCGAUAUUGAGAAGUUAAAGGUAGAUAUUCCUGUGAUUUUGUGUAAGCUGGAGAAGAUUUUUCCUUCCUCGUUCUUUGACCCUAUAGAACAUGUUGUUGUCCAUUUACCUGAUGAAGCUUUGCUUGCCGGACCUCCACAAUACAGAUGGAUGUAUCGUUUUGAAAGUUUUCUAGGAUCAGUGUUGAAGACGAAAGUCGGAAACAAAGCUAGAGUUGAAGCUUCUAUCAGGGAAGGUUAUUUGCAAAGUGAAAUGGGCACAUUUGCAAGCUACUACUUUCCAGACGAUGUACCCACAAAAGCUCAUCGUGUACCUAGAUUUGAUGACGGUGCGCUGAUCAAUGAUGAUGCCAGUGUUUCCAUUUUCGCACAAAAGGCAAAAGUAAUUGGUGCUAGCUCCCGGCGUUACAUGGACCAAAAUGAAUCUCAUGCAGUACAUUCAUAUGUAUUGCAAAAUUGUCCGGAGAUUGAACCAUUUAGAGAAGCGUUCAUCAACACGACAGGAUCAACAAGUGAUUGUGACACCAUGUUACAAAAACAUUUUCCUCUUUGGUUUUACCACCAUGUGCAAAAUGACAUGACAGACCAUCCACGGUGGGUUCGUGCUUUAUCAGGGUUUCCUUCACCCUAUGUGACAACUUACCAGACGCUUAAUAUAAAUGGUUAUAAGUUUAACACUGUUGCACGAUCUGAAGACAGAACAACCUCAAACUGUGGGGUUAUGGUGAAGUGCACAAGUUAUGAUGGAUCAACACUUGAAUACUAUGGCCUAAUACAAGAGAUAAUUCAGUUGGAAUAUCAAGAUUACAAGGUGAUCGUUUUCAAAUGUGAAUGGUUUGAACCUUCUAAUAGAGGUACACGAGUCCAUGCACAAUACAAGAUAGUUGACGUGAACAUACAAUAUCGAUUACGUACUGUAGAUUGCUACAUUUUAGCAUCCCAGGCUGAUCAAGUUGUUUACGUGUCAUAUCCAAGUGCAAAGAAAAGGGUCAACAGAUGGUUUUCUGUUAUUCAAUGCAUGCCAAGAGCUUUUGUGGAAAAAGACGGGGAAGGAGAUUCAAAUGACGAGGAGGAACCAUCACAAGAGUUUCAAGAAAAUGAACCGGGAAUAUCAUUCCAAAUUGAGUUAGAUUUUCCAGAGCUACAAAGAAAUGAUGGCCACUCAAGUCAAUUGCUCACAUCCACCACUCCCGUGUACAUGGACGAUGCAUUAGAUGGGGCAUAUGAUAAUGAGCUCGUUGAUGACGAAGACAAUCAAGAUUAUGAAGGAAAUGCUCAGGUUACAUAUGAUGAUGAUGAUGUGUAGAAUGGUGACAACUAUGAUUUUUUAAUAAUUC